AUGACUGGCAGAGAUCACUCGCAUUGCUCGAUUGGGUUAAUGAGGAAGCUGAAUACACUCCUUCUGAGCGUGUUUAGAGUUAAGCAAUUCGACAUUGCACACGGACUGUUCGACGAAAUGCGUCAGAGAGCUCUUGCGCCUGAUAGGUUCACUUAUUCGACGCUAAUUACAUCGUUUGGCAAAGAGCUAUGUUCGAUUCGGCUCUUUCUUGGCUUCAGAAGAUGGAGCAAGAUCGUGUUUCAGGUGAUCUUGUCUUAUACAGCAACCUCAUCGAGCUUUGAGCUUUCUAGGAGGCUGUGUGAUUACUCAUAUGGGGAAAUUAGACCGAGCAGCGAUCAAGUUCUGUAUCAAACAAUGAUUGUGGCUUAUGAAAGAGUUGGUCUAAUGGGUCAUGCUAAGCGUCUGCUUCAAGAACUAAAGCGUCCUGAUAACUUCACCAUUCUUGCGAAAGCCGGGAGAGUCGAAGAGGCCAAAUGGGUUUUCCGGCAAGCUUUUGAUUCAUGGGAUAUUAAAGACAUAUCUGUGUUUGGCUGUAUCACAAAGAGCAAAACCGGUAAUUAUAGAUCUGAUGUUUUUUUGGGUUACACGAAGCAUUCCAACAGCAAUCAAGCUCUUCACAGGUGCUUGAUCCCUUUAAAACCGGAAUCUGAUGUUCGUGAUAUACCAAAAGCUUUGUUGGGACGAAGGCCGCUUCUAAUGCUUGCUCCUUGCAUUUUCCUUCAGCUUGAGACAAUCCGUUUUCUCAAGAUAAGAAUCUGCUGCCUGAAAUAUGGGACAUGGGAGUUAGAAAUCCAUGGCGAUGCAGUUUUGAUUCAGAGAGGCCGUCUUACUUCCUAUGUGCAGAUGUUGGAUAGAUGUAAUUUAGGAUCUGAUAGUAUCGCUUUGUUAGUCAGGAGUAUAAGUGAAGAUACUGAACAAUCAAUGACAGUGAAAAAGAAGAAAAACAAGAAGAAAAGUUACUGGUUAGCUUCGGUUUUCUUGCAGAACGAGAGAUGUCAUCCUCAGAUUUUACAUUUGAUUGAGAAAGAAGGAAAGCCAUUACAGGCUCGAGAAGAACAAAUAGCAAAAUACAAAAAGAAUAAACUGUUGACCCAGUCAAAAGAGCAUAUCGUGGUGGAGAAGUGGGUUUUGUGGCUGCAUCAUAGCCAUGUUGUUGCUGCAGCUUCUUAGACCAAACCCUUGUCCCACCGUCGCUUGGUAAACAGAGUCAUCGAGUUGAGAGAAGCUGCCGUUGUCAUGGUUAUAGAGAAAGAUUGAGAACUUGCUCUGAUGGUUAUCCAAUGAACCAGUUGCGAAGCCGCCGGGCGAGAUGGUUCGUUGACGACUCUGUCCAUUAUUGAUUUAGCGAUGGAGAUAAAUGUGUUGUGCAGCCGGAUGAAGCCGCAAGACUCUGAUCGUCAAACAUCAAAGGAUCAUUGAUCAGUGAAGGAGAUAAAUCCGAGCCUGGAGAAUUCUGAUUUUGUUCGGUCGACCUUGAUGCAACAACACAGUCGUAUGAAACCGCAAGGCUCUGAAUCUGAUCGGGCUCGGUCUGAAGAAGCCGACGCUUGUCUUGGAAUAUCCGUAAGCGACUCUCCAAGGAAUGCUCCAACUCUAAGACUUUCUCUGAGAAUUUAUUGUCGUUUUUCUCCAGAGAUCUCUUCCUCUCCUCGUUGAGCUUCUUGUUAAGAAACUGAGAGAGGUUGGUGCUUUUCUUGCGUUUUUCGUUGUGGCUUAGUUUGCUAAACCUCUCGGCCAUGUCUCUGACCUUGGAUUGAUCCUCGGGCCAUGUCUUGAUGAGUUCCCCGUCACGGCCGUAAUAGAGGACGCAGAGUUGGACGUCGCAUAGAGUCGAGAGCUGGGAGGCUUUUCUGAGCAUGGUCGCUUCUCUCAUACCCAAAUUUGUCAUCUUUGUUGAAACGAGUUUGAUUUCUCACCGACAAUUUGGUUUUCGCCUUUGUCGAAAGCGAAGGAUCCGUUGUUCACGCCAAAGAAAAAGAAACAAGAAGAAGAAUGCUUCUAGGGUUUCGGAAUCGCAAAGAGGAUUAAUGGGAUAUUAAGCGAGGGUAAUAAUGAAUAGUGAACAACAGCAACGGAGGUUCAGGGUUGUGUGUGUGUGUAUAUAUUAAAAGAGUGGGACACUUAAUUUCCAUUUUCUCCUAUUAAUCUAGCCGUUGGGGGAAUUUCCAUAUUUCGGGAUUGCUUGGGGAGGAAGGCUGUAGAAGCUUCCCACUGCUGAGAAAAAAA